UGGUGGGAAGGAAAAACGGGAACUGCUAGAGUGUAUGGGUUCCUUUUGAGGGUAAUGAAAAUGUUCUAAAAUUAGAUAGUGAUGAUGGGUGCAUAAUUUUGUGAUUAUACUAAAAACUACUGAACUGUACACUUAAAAAGGUGAAUUUUAUGGUAUAUAAAUUAUAUCUCAAUUUAAAAAUUGGAAAAAAAAUCACAAUCAGCAGUAUUAUUUUCUGAGCACCUUUUACGUCAGGCACUGUGGUAGUCAUAAACUACGCCCUCACUGAUCUCACAGUUUAGUCAAUAGUGUGCAUGUCACAUUAAUAUUUUCUUAUUGUGAUAAAUAUAUAAUUAGCAAAAAAUCUUCCAUUUCAACAAUAUUUACAUGUAUAGUUCAGUGAUAUCACAUAAUAUUUUUAAUGACUACCUACUGGGAUGUUAGCAUCCAGGGGAGUCUCUGAAGAAUAACACCUGAUCCCUGAAUAUUUGGCUCCGAGUAUACAGGCAGUGAGGAGCGACGUUACUUAAAGUGUUCCUCGGCACCUGUAAUUCGCACGAAAAAGCCAUGGCAAAAAUUCAUAACCAAAGGAACAGAGCAAGAUCUGAUACAAAAUGGCCACCAGCUCCUCCAGGUACCAACAGCGCGGCGGGCCAAGGAACUGGCGUCACGCGCAAUUUCCGGUUCCUCCUGUUCCGGGGCACGAACCUAGUCGCGUACUGGCGCGGCGCACGUGUGUUCAUCAGAUCGGGUUGCGGUAGCGAUGGACGCUUUGGACCGAGUAGUUCAUUCAGAGAUUUCUGUGCACCUGCUAUAUGUUCCUCUAGGUGCUGUGACUACAGAGGAAGCCCAAAACGAAAAGGGCCAAGAGAUUCCUUGAGAAGAGAGAACCAAAACUCAGUGAAAAUAUUAAAAAUGCCAUGCUCAUUAAAGGGGGAAAUGCAAAUGCAACAGUGACACAAGUACUUAAAGAUGUGUAUGCACUGAAAAAACCAUAUGGCGUUCUGUAUAAAAAGAAAAAUAUUACAAGGCCAUUUGAGGAUCAGACGUCACUGGAAUUCUUUUCAAAGAAGUCUGAUUGUUCUUUAUUUAUGUUUGGCUCUCAUAAUAAGAAGCGGCCAAAUAAUCUAGUAAUAGGUCGUAUGUAUGACUACCAUGUCCUAGAUAUGGUUGAAUUAGGUAUCGAGAAGUUUGUCUCUCUAAAAGAUAUUAAGAAUAGUAAAUGUCCUGAGGGAACAAAGCCCAUGUUAAUAUUUGCUGGUGAUGAUUUUGAUGUAACCGAAGAUUAUAGAAGACUAAAAAGUCUUCUUAUUGAUUUCUUCAGAGGCCCUACAGUAUCAAAUAUCCGCCUGGCUGGUUUAGAGUAUGUUCUGCACUUCACUGCACUGAAUGGGAAGAUUCACUUUCGAAGCUAUAAGUUGCUGUUGAAGAAAUCUGGUUGCAGAACACCACGGAUUGAAUUGGAAGAGAUGGGACCCUCAUUGGAUCUGGUUCUGAGGAGGACACACCUGGCAUCAGAUGACCUUUAUAAGUUAUCUAUGAAAAUGCCAAAAGCUCUCAAGCCAAAGAAGAAGAAAAAUAUCUCCCAUGAUACUUUUGGUACAACUUAUGGAAGGAUUCACAUGCAGAAGCAAGACCUAAGCAAAUUACAAACCAGAAAAAUGAAGGGGUUGAAGAAACGACCAGCAGAAAGGAAAACAGUAGAAAAAGAGGAGAAUAAAUCAAAGAGAAUUAAAAAAAAUUGAUGAAACUUAACUAAGAACUACAGUUUCAUUUUAUUCUAUUUGAGAGACUAUCAAGCAUCAAUUAGUCCAUUCAGAAUUUCUUACAAGAUUUUAUUGUAUAUUUUUAUAACAUGAUAAUUUACCUAAACUAUGUAUUAUAUAUGUUACUAUGUAUGCAGUAAUGUACUAGUGUUAAGUUUAAAGUUUCCUAUUUGAGCUGUCAUACUCUUGUGUGGUACCAUUUUUUCUCUGUGAUAUGAUACCAUCCCAAAAAGUGGGUGAAUGGAUGGAGAGGGAUCUCCAGAACAAACAUGGGUGGUUUUAGAGAAUUUCUGGGUUAAGCAUUAGAAAAGGGGAGAAAGCCAUGUAAAGCAGAAAUGGCCCAAAGGAGAUGUAUACAUAUUCAGUAUGAGCUACCUGAAAAGCUAACCCCAUCUCCCAACAUUCACCUGGAACCCGAUUUUUAUUUUUUACGUUACUAUUAUUUUGCCCGAAAUGCUACCAGUUAGAGAUUCACUUGAGAUUUUAUGCUUUAUCUCUUAAAACAGGUCUCUAAGAGGGAUGUUCACUCUCUGAUCAUUAACUCAUUACCAUUGAUUAUUUUAAGAGAUUCUGUCACUAAGUGAAGCCCCGUCCCUCUCUGAGGGCAAGAGAGUUUUGAUAGAGGUAGAAGUCAGAAGAGAAGGAUGAGUUUAAAGCACAGGGCACUUGAGGGUACUAGAUAGCCCUACAUAGCUAAAGGUUGCAUGAAGGUCCUGGGUAUUUGCAGACAGUAAGAAUAAACCCAAACUGCUUAUUUGGAAAUUUUCUUAAAGACUGGCCCUGUGCCCAGGAACAUGGAAAGGAGCUUCCUACUUCCUCCUCCUGGUGCUGCAUACUUGUUCUCCCAGAGUGAAGUUAGGUUCCUAGUUAAUGAGUCCCUGGUAAAAAAUCUCCUUUAUACAAGUAUAAGCCAGUUAUAUUGUAAAAGCACAAACAUAACAGAAAUCAUUAUUUGUUAUUUGAAGUAGAAGUGUUUUUGUUUUCAAUUCAUGUCAAGGAGCUCCUCCAUGCCUGUGUUUGCGUGCUUUUGUGUGUGUGAUCUUGAUUUUGCCCAGCUACAGGUCAACAGUUUCGACACAAAGCAAAGGCUGCAGUCUUCAGUUUUACCUUUUGUUCUCUUUCCCUUCUCUUGUGAACCCACUUCUUAGCCUUCCCUCUCCCCACCCCUUUCCAAAUGGCUAAUAUCCUGCUCUCAUAAAAGUGAGGGAGCUGGUAUUACUCAUUUAUACCUGUUGCUUGAUUGUACAUUUAACCAAAGACCACACAGCGUUUUCUCUGAAGUAGACAUUUGCAUUUUAAUUUUAAGCCUUUUAUAUUUAUAGAGGGGUUAGGGACUAAAGUGACUCAUUUCCCACCAUCUGCAAGUAGAUGGAAAAUAGCUGGGAAAAAGGGGAGCCAUGAAAGGGGUAUCAGAACGGAUGGACAAAUAGUCCUUCUAGAUGCCUGCUCCCCUGACUGGUCUAGCUGAUGCCAGUGGAGAUUGAGAUUCAGCAGGCAAAGCAAUGAGUGUCUCACCAGCCACUUAUACAGGGCCUGCCACAUCUUGACUCCUGCAUCAGAAAGACCUACUCCAGCACUUACCUACCUACAUGGUAACUUCAGCCAAUCUUAACAAAGAUGGCCACAUUUUCAGACAUUGUCUUAAGAGUGAGAUUUGGUAAUGCAUCCCUCUGUUUCCUAUGUAAUUUUUAUCUCUCAUAACAGAGUGUCUAAUAAGCAUUGGAAUGCAUCCUCUUCACUAAUAGAGAUGUAUUAUUACUAAAAACUUUACUGAAAGUUUUUUGUUGUUGUUGACCUGGCUGGAGCCCUUAAUCGCCACUCAUAUCACUGUUUUUUUUUCUGGAAGUGCAUUCUAAUUUCUGGUUGUCCUUGCACUUUAAAACGGAACAUAUAAAUUGGAAACAACAUGUACUCAUUUUAACAGAGAUGGUGAAUUGCCUGUCUUAAGUUUUUAACUCUGGAUUUUGGUAGAUGAGGGAAACAGGUUAUUUUUCAUACUAAGCUCCUUGUAUUUUUUCUGAGGAUAUUACUACUAGUACCAAGAUACAUAUAAUGUAUCUUCCUAACUUAAAUGCUGACAUUUAUUUUCUUGGUGUUGAGAAUAAUCCAAAGUAUACAUAAAUAUUACCAAAUUCAG